ACAUCCAAAAUAUUUAAAUAAAUGGUUUUCUAUUAUUAACAGUGUGAUUAAUCGUGAUUAAUUUUUUUAAAUUGCGCGAUUAAUCACUAUUAAUUGUUUUAAUGCUUGACAGGCCUACUGUGAACCUUUAUGUGGGUCUGGAAGAAACGCACAAUUCUACGGGUUCUAUACCUUUUAAACCACUGAGGAAGCAUUUUGUGUGACCAACAUAUCCCCAGUGAUCAAUUCCUGUGACUAAGCUACAAAGGAACUCCCCACAUAUUGUAGUCUCCUGAUCAUCUCAGCAACAUCUUUGGUUCUCCCAAAAUUUCCUUUACUAGAAGUCUCCACUGUGGCUCUGAAUAAAAAAAAAAAGUGAUUUUUCACCAAGAAAUCACCUCCUAACAAAAUUUGAAGCCCUUGGCCUUCUCCACAUGAAUAGGGCUUCAUUUCCCUUGUUCCCACACUCAUUAGGGUAGCUAUAGGUAGCGUGCUUGAGCUGUAGUCAUACUCAGGGACUUUAGACUCCAAACCAUUAUAUAUAAUUCUGGGUACCCUGUGGUAUUGAGGCAUUUGGCAGCUUUGGACACACUGUUGCCUCUUUUUUCAGAGAAUCAUGGAGUCCCAAAGUUCUCUGAGGCAAAUAUGUUUCCAAAAUGCAGAGGUUUCAUGCCUAACAUUCUCUAUUCAAGUUGAGAGCAAUCUUAGUGCCAAACUUCGGUUUCAGAGCCAGAGGCGUUGCUAUAGUGGGGCCUUGGGAGGUGUUGCACACCUCCAGUCUUAAGUUUGUUGACAUAUCACUGACCAUGUUGAAAAACACACAAAUCAUCCAAUCACAGAGGAAAACAAAAAAACGUAAAUGUUGUAUGCUUCAGUGUCUUUUAUAGACCUGUAUAUGCAAUAGGCUUCAGAAUCCCUGUCCUACAAAUAAGAAUGAGGACAUUUUUUGUUUGUGCCCUGAUCCUUUCACAUAAUAGAUUCCUGCUGAUAUACACAGACUGUCCAAGGGAGCAAAAAUGAAGAUUUUCUGUGAUAUUAGGGCCUUAUAAAAGAAUGAAACUGUAUAAUUUAGAACUUUGUACAGAUAAAGUUCCUACCUGACUCACUAGCCUCCUUUCUCCUUCACUUCCUCUCUUUAGCUUACCUUGCGACCCUGGAUCAGCUCUCCCGCUCACUUUCCAUUGCUGAAUUCCCUAUCUGACUACCACUGUGUCUCUUUUAGCAUUGUUCACCCGCCCUCUCUUCCUUGGCCCGUUAUUCAGCGCUUCAUAAAUUCUAAUCUGUCAACAUCUAUACUACUCAUCCGUAGUAUAGAUUUGCUCUAAGUCCCCUACUCCUGCCCUCUCUUCCCUCUUCUCUAUUGUAACAGUUAUUGACCUUCUCUACCUUCCUUGACUACUGUGACCCACUCACCUAUUGCAAGGAAAACUUCCAGACUAAGGGGCUGAGUCAGAAUCAGACUCCAGUUUGCCAAACUGUCUUCUUCUCUACCACCUUUUUAUAGACACCUGUACAAGCAUUCAAGUGAAUGGGAUUUUAUAGGUAGAACAGAUCCUAAUCAAGUUUAGGCAGAAUGAGGACCGUUUUAAGCAACCUAGAGUCAUGAAACCUUCCAUGUUUUCAGUAACAUGCCCCAGGUUAUGAGUAAGGUAAUGAUUUUAGACAAACGUUAUAUUUCUGAUACUAGAAGUUUAGCUUGAAAAAAAUCAACACAUUGUAUAACAAAAAACAGUUCCCAAUUCUCAUCUUACAUUGGUCUAAAUCAAAGGUAACUCCAUUUAAGUCAGUGAAGUUACACUGGUGCAAAACUGGUGAGACACAAAUGAGGUCUUGAGCCUUAUUCUGAAUUUACUGUCAUUAGCUAAAACUAUUAUUGUCAUGUGUUUCCUACAAACAAUACUUCUGUUGGGAAAUUUGGAGGCAGGAGUUAUUUAAAGCUGUGGUCUGUCAGGAUUGUAACACCUAUAGAAACUGCCGGGCUUCUGUAGCUGAGAGCUACAUGUUGCAUAGGUAAGUUUCUUUAACAUUUGUUGGAAUUCGAUUAUUUAUUUAUUUAUCAUAUGCAUGUCUCUGCCAAGUUUUGUCUACUUUCCUAUUUUGGAAUGUUAAUGCUGUGCAGGGGAUUGUGCAUGUUGAAUUCAUUUAAAUGUUUCCCCUUGGGUUGAAGAAAUGCUGCAUUUCCCUUUUCUGCCACCACCACCACCACUCCUCCUCCUGUUCUAAAGGAGCCAAUCAUUCAGAUCAGAACAUUCUGUCUCUUGUGGGAAAAGCACAUAUGAUCCGUUAUGCUGUGAGGCCAGCCAGAGUGCAUGGAAGUUUAGUAGCUGUAAAACCUGUGACUUCAUUUUAAGAGAACAAGAUUUUGACUUGAACAGUUAGUUUGAGUUAGUUUUAUUAGCUUUGCACACAAUUUAAUUCUUCAGCAAACACACUUGACUUCGCUUCUUUCCUGUAUUUCUAUUAGAUUGUUCCUUUUCUUAACAGUUUUUAGUUAGUCUUUUUCCAGUACACAUUAACGUUCUGUUAUCCAUUGUUGUGAUAAUGUUUGAGAGGACAUGUGAUUCAUAAUUCCAUUAAAGUAGGCAUGGAGGUGAAGACCAGCUUGCAGCAAUGUUUACUAAAAGUUCACCUUGCAAGCAGAGACAAGAAUGAGGAAACUGUCCAGCAUUUUAAACUAACAUUUUAUUGAUAUUUAAACUAUUGUACAUAUAAAAUUACAUAGUUCAGAAGUGAAGAGUAAACAAAUUUCUUGAGCUCAGAGACUCCUUAUCUUUUUUUUUCUUUCUUUUACAAAAUUCAUGGCUCCUUGCAAACACUGGGUAAUUAUUAGUAUUUAUUAUUUUACAACACUCAAGUGUGCUAGGUGCCUCACAGUACGGAUGAGAAGACCUGUUCCUUACCUGAAGGAGCUUACAAGGCAAUUUCAUGCAUGAGGCAACAGGACGGGGAGGUAACAAGACAGGCGGAAGAAAUGACAUAGUCAACAUCAAUAAGAUUGUGGCUCUUCAUUAAAGACUAGUGCACAAUAUGAUGGAAUAAAGAUGAUUCAUUUAAAAAAAAAAAUAUGGACGUAGAUGACUUUGCCAAAAUGUUACACUUUCCCUUCAGCCUUCCUGGUGCUGAUGUGAAGGAGCAGCCUUGGGAUUUACACAAGGCUUCUUCUGAUAGUUGCCAGGUGGCCUGGGUGAUAACUUAUUGGACGAUCAGAAGUUAUUGACCGAAUUGCUUAGAAGAGAAUAAAUCUCUUUGUAAGAGGGCAUCCUCCCCAUAGAAUUUUUAAUAAAUCUACCUAGUUUUGGCACAAUCUAAUGUGCUCUCAAGGAAAAUCAAUUACAUUGAAAUUAACAUAAAAUAUCACUUUUCACGAAUAACUUAAGGUGUAAGGAAUGGUUUAGCAAUUUCUGGAAAUCAGGAUGAAUUUCAUAAGAAGUAAGCAAAACACAAAUUUGAAGUUUUGGUGCACAGAGAGGGCAGUAUGAAAUCGUGAAAGUUCUCAUAGGCAUUAUUUAGGACCAAGACACGAGACUGAAAACCCCUGUUUUAUGAAAAGAAAUAUGAAACCAAUGGCAGCUCUAGGUUAACACUGUAGGUGGAGAAUUCUAAUUUGUCUUUAUUCAGCACUGCCAGCCCCAAACAUUCAAAAAUCAUGAUUGGCAUAAAAAUCAUGACUUACAAAAAAUUAAAAAUGGAGUGCUUUUUAUUUGCCUUCCAGUUUUUGAGACUUCAGGGCACGUGGGUUUGAUUUUCAAGCUUUUGUCCUCAACCAUGAGGGCUAGAAACUUUUUUUUUUUAAUGAAAAAUGAGAUUCUCAGAAUGACAUGAAUCCAGAAGCUUGGGCUUUAAGAAAAGCACCAAAUAUCACAAUAUUUGCACUAAAAUUGGAGAGUUGACAACAUUCCAUAUUACUGAAGAGUUUGUAUUAUUCAGUGUUCUUCCCUGGCUUUUCAAAAAAAGGCCUGCUGCUAUGCAUAAUUGCCCCAUGGGGAUCUUUCAUCUGAAAGAGCUAUUCUGUUUAAUUCAGAGCUGCCGCUGGCAUGCAGAAUGGGCAUGAAGGUACAUGUAUUUUACUAUGACUUUAUUCUAUUUUUUUGGCGCAUUGCCCCAGGUGCCGCAGUAGAUCAGCCCCCAAAGAUUCUUAAGAGUACAACUUAAGACUGACAGGAAUGUGGUCUUUCAUUAGACAAGCAUUAAGUAGAAAAAGUGAAUGCUUAACUUUUAUUAGUAACCUCAUAAAAGGCCACUUUACAGGAUUUAGUGAAUGAGGCUGUUUUUCCUAUGCAGGUACUCCCAUUUUAGUUAUACUUUCCAGUAGAGCCCUGGUUAGAUGUUGAUAUAGUAAGUGUGAAAGAAAAUGCCUCGCCAUUAGAAGAAUGGAAAAAUCAGUUACGUAGCUGUGCAAGGAAAGUUCUGCAAUGCAGCCUUUUGGGGAGGAAGAGUUUUGGGGAAAUUUGAAUUGGUUUGGAACUUUACAUUAAUCUAAAAAUGUUCUUAAACAUUUUUCCAAGCUUCCCUUACACUAACUUUGAAACUGAUUCUUCAUUACUAUUUUAUGGGAAAAUAGGUUCUUUGGGCCAAAUUUUCAACCCCAGUUCAGUCCCCUUUGCAUUGCCUGAGUGGUAUGAAUGUGCACAGCUGGCUAGUUGAGAAUUCUCCUAGCAGAAGGAAGCAUAGCAGGAGUAGGGAAGGGGCCACUGUAGUGUAUUGAAAACUGUUACAAUUACAAGCUAUCACUUUAAAUUCUCAGGGGUUUCCUGGUCCUGCUUGCAGGCUAAGGGACACUGAAGGAAGCCUGUGAUCUGGGUGCUCAUAUUUCAGUCAGCAAAAGAGUUGUCUGGAACAAGAUUGUAAAUUCUUAAGGGCUGUCUCCCACUGCAUGUACAUACAGCAACUAUCGUAAUAGAACCUUGCUGUCAGUUGUAGACUUUAGGUGCUACCUUAAGUUCCAUAGGUACUUUGCAGAGAGAAAGUCGACACAGGGCCAAAUUCAGACACAAGAAAUCUAAACUGAUAUUGCCAAGGGACCAGCAAAAAGGAGCGGAGCAAGAAAAGCAUCUAACAGGAGCAGGGAAGAAUAUAUGAGUUAAAGCAGGUCUUUAAUGAGCAGGUUCGCUUGGACUUAGUGAAGUCCAGCCCCAAUGUGACUAAAGCUGAAGAGAGGGCAAACCGGUCCCUGCAAGAGUCUCAGCAGGUGAAACCAGAGCUUGGGCUCCCUUGGAUGUUGGUGUAUGUCCCUGUGAGAAGUUGCCAUAGAGUCCUGAAGGAAAAGUUUGGGGAGUUUUCUCCUCCAACAUACAACCAUUUUCAGCUAAAUAUUUGGUGCAACUGGACCAUAUGGGCAGGCUCCAGAAAACACAUAAUCAUUUAUAUCAAAGGAUUUAUGACCGAUGAGGACUGUGACAAAAAUGAGGAUAAAAUCCUAUUUCAAGGAGUCUCUUCAUUAGUAGAAAACACUGUCAUCUAUGCUUGUUGGAACAAGAAGAUUCAUGUCUUUGCCACCUAUGCCCGGGCUGUCCAUGUAGUAUUUCUGAUGAAGUAUUCUUCAAACCCUAAAAACAAAUACUUUAAAGGAAAGUAUUAUAUAUUCAAACACCGUGACAUUGACUCCUCUUCUGAAGAUAUCUUAGUUUCUCAAGCCCCUAUUCCAAAAUCAAGGAAAACUAGUCACAGCACUCCCAGAUCUAACAAAGUAUCAGUAAUAUACCAUGGAGAGAUUUCGGAUGAUACAAACAUUAGUACAGCUUCAAGUACUGAGAAUCUUAACAAAAACCUUAACAAGACAACGGUACUUAAUAACACAGGGUUAUUACAGGUAGGGGGUGAAGGUCAAAAUGUCGCAGUUCUUAAAAGUUCUCUUCAGCUUAUACCUCAGCAUGGUGCAAGGACUCCACUUUUAAAACCAGAAGCUCAGAGCUUGCUGGAGUCUCUCAGCUUGUCUACAACAUCAAUGGACAAAGAAAAGAGUCUUGGCAUAGGAAAGUCUUUUGGAAGACUACCCCAAACUGCGGCACCUGAUAUCUGGGAGUUGAGACCCUCAGGGUGUGAAGAAGUCCUGGUGGACUUUAGCCAGGUGUACAGGCCAGAAAGUCUUCCAGGCUUUCUUUCUGAGUCUCCUUACCUGAGUGUUUCUCAUUUAAUUGAACCCUUGAAAUCUAUAGAGUUAGAAGGACCAGAGAGCGAAAUGUCCUUUUUACUCACUAGUUUGAUGCAAACUAAUAUGGGAGAUUUACAACUGAAUAUAAAUCCAACACCUCUAAGUUACCCUGUCCUGGCCUCAUAUUCACAUUCUGUAGCCCAUGACAGAGUGGAAACCAUAGGUGACAAGAAUAUUGGCUCUACCCCUUCCCAAAGUCUCAGCAGGGUUACCUUGGUGAAUGAUGAGAAUCUUUUGCAGUCAAACAUCUUGGCUUAUCAGGUGAUGAGCAGUCACGGUGAUAGCCUUGUGAAAGGUUCAUUGCCUAGCCUCAGAAUGUCCAGCCAGGAUCAAGUGGUGCUUGGUGAUCAGUCACAGCCUGAGAUAAGGGGAAUGGAUAAAGCUGGAAGUUACCAAAUAAGUUCUACUGAGAUGGUCAGUGGAGAUAAGUCUGUAACUGAACUGGAUCUAAGAACAACGACCCUCAAAAAUAUUAACCCUCUUGAUGUUUCUGUUCUGGAAAGUUCUAUGGAAGUCCUUGACCAGCCAAAAAUCACAUUGGUUACUGCAGCACCAUAUGGCUUGUCAGACAGUGAGCACCACUUGAAGCUCCUAAGCAGUCAACCUGUAGAUUCUGCUUCUACAGAACUAGAAAGCAUCCUUCCAAGUACAGAAGUGUCCCUGCCUCUAGCUGCUAAGGUAAAUGUGUCAGAGGUGCUCUAUUUGGGCAUGAAAAGCAGCCGGCAAGUGGGCCUGGUUACAGGACUGGAGCCUGUUCCAAGUACGGAAGUUUCUUUUCCUCCAGCUGCCUCAGAACUGGAGCUCAUCCCAACUACAGAAACCUUCCUUCCUGUCCAUCUCACAGAACUGGAGCCAGUCAUCCCCUUCCCACAUACAGAACCAUCCCUCCCUCCAGCUGCCUCAGAACUGGGCCCUCUCCUCUUCCCAAGCACAGAAGUGUCCCUUCCUGUGUUCCCCACAGAAACAGAGCCUGUCACCUCAGCAUUGGAGCCUGUCACCCCUUUCCCAAGUACAGAACCAUCCCUUCAUCCAGCUGCCUCAGAACUGAGGCCUGUACCUGGGAAGGGGAGAGAAGUGACCUUUCCUCUGGCUGCUAUAGAACUGGAGCCUGUCAUCCCAAGUAGAGAAGCGUCUCUUCCUCCAGCUGCACUUAAAAAUGAGCUCCAUUGGAGAACCAAAAGCAGCCACGACACUGACACAGAGCUAGAUCGUAUCCCUCUAAGUACAACCGUGCUGCUUCAUCCAGCUUCUCAGAAGGAGGACCUGUUGGAAGGCGAGCCUCCCUCAAAGCCACACCAUGACUGUUAUGGGGCUCCAGCUGCUACAGAACAUAAACAUGCCCUCCCAAGUACAACACCAUCUCUUAAUUUCUUUCUUCAAGAAAGGAAAAUAGGUGUCCAACAAUCAAUACUAAAAGGUGAGAGAGAGGAGGGCAUCCAUGAGGCAGAAACUGCACAACCUGGAAAGGCUGAUGAAAGGAAUUUAAUCACAAACUUCAUGACUGGCAACUCCUUCUCGGACACAGCUCAGCUGCAAGCCUUAAAACCAGAACCUGAGCUUGGACUUCUUGGAUCUGAGGGCCACACAAGUAAACUUUCUCCAGUGACUGAGUACCUCGCUAAAACACCCUUCGUGGUAACAAGGAUGAAUAGAGUAAAGCAAAAUGAGCUAAUGUUUAAAAAUGGUCUUAUGACCUCUAACACUAGGGCUACUCCACCUCUGGAGCACAUAGCCAUGAAUACUAAAGUCAAAUUGACUGAGCCCGUAAAGGAGAUGAGUAACGCAACACUGAAACAAAUAUUCCCAGAUACCACAAAACCUCAUGAAGUGCAGCAAACCACUGAAUGGAGCAGUGCCUUUCAGAGCUCUGCUACUGCAUAUAGGAACGCUCUGACUCCAGCUGAGAAACUGGCACCGAAAGAGAGCAUAGAUUCACAUCCCGUCCAAUCGUCUUCUGCUCGCGCACCUGAGAAUGCAUCAACUUCAGAAGCAAGAGUCUUCCCGAACUAUAUUGUGCCAGAAUUACCUUGGUUGUUGCUGUAUAUUCCUAUAAGAAGUUGCCACAUCACCUUGAAAGAUGAAAUUGGGACAUUUUCCCCACCAGCAAGUAGUGGUAUUCAUACCAACAUCUGGUGCAACUGGACCAUUUGGGCAGGCCCCCAAAAACACAUCCUGAUUUACAUAAAGGGAUUUCAGGGGAAGGAAGAUUGUGAUGAAAACCCAGAUAAAUUAAUUUUUCAAGGGGUCUUGUCAAGUGUGGAAAGAAAAGUAGUUUAUGCUUGUAAGAACCAAGGUACUCUGAUCUUUGCUACUCAGGCUUUGGCUGUCCAUGUCGUGUUUCUGUCCAAGGGCAAUUCCUUAAACCAUGAACGCAAAUAUUUCAAAGGACAGUAUUAUAUAUUCAAAGACUAUGAAACUUCAAAAUCUACAAAUGAUACUGAAACUCUUCAAGAGCCAGUUCAGAAAACAACUAGGAAAACUAAGUACGGAAGUAUCCGAUUCUACCCUAAAUCACCCAUAAAACACUACAGAGGUCUUCUGGAUUUUGUAAAGACCAGCACAGCUCAUGAUGAAAAUCAACUGCUUAACAAGCUGCCUACGUUGGACAAAGAAGGUUGGGCCAAAAAUGGAAGCUCAACAAGACUAGAGACUUUCUUAAGGGUUGUUCUUGGGAACAACACACACGUCCCUCUCUUAAAAGCCAUGGACAACAUGACCUUCAGAACUCAUGAUCUGAAGUGGCAGCAGGUUAUGAAAUCUUUGGGCAAUGAAAACAGUAGGGAAGAAAAACAUUCUGACUUUCUAAUGGUAACACCAGCAUUAAAUAUAUUGAGGCUAAACAUCCAAAAUGCAAAAGAGCAAACGAUUGCUUUCAGUAAACUUAUGGACAGGCCAACAAUCCACUCGCACCUGCUCUCGGAGACUCUGCAUUUAAAGGAGCCUAUGAAAUCUGUGGAGAUGCGAAGUGUCAAAACAACAAAGUCAGUAGGACCACAGCACAGCUCAGCUGCUCUCUGGAGACCAGCUAAUAUGGAAGACCUACAGCCAGUUGGAAGACAAGCUGUGCAUAGACAGCCUACUCCUCAUGGCUUGCGAUCUCUGCAGGGCACAUGGGACGAGCAGAACAUUCGAACAACCUCUUCUCAAAGCUUUAGAGCUGCGCUGAUCAAAGACAGAGAGGUGCUCCAGUCAAACCAUGUGAAUGAUGAGAGAGUGCCCAGUCAUCCUGCUGCUUUUGUGGAAGACUUCCAGUCUAAUAUAGGGCUGAGCGGGGAUGGUCAAGAAGUAACUGGUCAGCUACAGCAUGUGAUUAACAUGGAGAGAAGAAUUAAAGAAAGUCCUAGUGAACAUCAAACACACAGAAAGGAAAAUGACAACAGUGAUCUGUACAUGAAGCCAGCUUCUGCCCUCAAAAAUGUUCAACCUAAUGUUGAGCCUCUUAUUUUGGGAACUCCUAAGAAAGUUCUCAAAACAAAGUCCAUCCUGGUUACUGUAGCCCUACACAACACGCUGGAUGUCUCUAGCAGUUACCAUGCAGAGACCACUGCUACUGAAUUCAAACCUGUUCUCCCGAGAAGCACCAGAAGUGGCCUGUUGGGAAAGACAGCUGUUGCUACCACACAUCUUGGCACGCCAGUAACCAAAGACAAAGCACCUCCACUGAUCAUGAACACAAAAUCACCUCCUUCCUAUGCCUCUUCUGGUGGAGUAUCAAAGGACACUGCAUCCUUGAAAAUAGAACAUGAAAAAGAUUCCUUUGAUAUGGUGUCCAUCUUCACAUCUCUCGAAAAUGAUUCCAACUUGGUAUCUCAGCACAAUCCUGGAGAUGUCUUAUUUGAAGUAACUAGUGAAAUUGAACACAAGGGAUGGAUCCCACGUAGUGGAGAUGAGCUGAAAAAGACUCUCAUGGAAUCCAUUAAGCUUCACAUACAAAAGAACCUGAAACUCUUGGUAAGCAAAGUCAAUGAAAUCAAGUUGAAGGAAAUCAAAAGGACAAAUGACCUAAAACCAACAUUCACUUUCUGGUUACACUUAAAACCAGAGGAAAGGAAUCUGUCUGUCUUACUCCAUUCUCAACUGAAUGAUCUCAUUGGCAAAUCUAUGGGAGCUGAGAAGUUGCAGAUGGCUUUAUUAUCAGUUAGAGAUGUGAAUGAAUGCAACUCUGGAAUUGGAAUGUGUGGUGAUGAGGCUGACUGCCUCAAUGAAGAUGGCACUUACUUAUGUCGCUGUAAAAAAGAGUACGAAGAUCGCUCUCCGAUGAAAUCUGGCACACUAUGCAUCCGCAUUCCACAAUCAGGUAUUGGUAGUUUGUUCAGCUACCUGGAAAUUCUGGUAGGUACUACAGUAUUCUUCAUCUUCAUCCUCGUGGUGGUGGCAAGCAGUCUGUGCACAAUACUCAGGAAAAGACCCACAAAGAAGGCUUGUAUUGAGGAGCCGGUUGCAAGUGGAACACCUUCUUCAGCACAGUCUCAGCUGCCUGUAUCUUCUAUUGAUCUGAGUAACCUUGGUGACCACCUGAUCCUAGACCCCUUCCGGCCAAAGCUCAGAGCCAAGCCCCCAGAAUGGACAUCACAAGUGCGAACCCACCCAAAUGAGACUUAUAGAAUCUCCGUUGAGCAAUCUGAAUGUUUGUAAAGCAAACCUAUGCUGAAAGUUUGAGGUUUUUCUACUGAUUUCCUCUUAUUUACCAUUCAUGAGCUGAAAUGGCCUAUUCCUUUCAACAGAACUUGAACAAUCCUGUGUCUCCUACACCUGUUUCUGUUGGCUGAAGUGAAUAGAGCUGUGGCUCAAAAGAAAAUUUAUUUUCGUUCUUGGUUGGAUUCUUGACCCCUGUACUGUCUGGUUUCAUAUCGCUGAUUCUUUGUAACUUGAAGGAAUUUUCUGCAAACAGCUGGCAUGUAAAUAAAGCUGGUAUUUCACUAUGCAUGGAAAAUGUACACCUUGCGUACUGCUCGUAUUAGAUGCAAGGAGUGGGAAAAGAUGGAAGACUUCAGUUAGCAGGAAACCUGAAAAGGAUUAUAGUUUAAGCAAGUUUACUGCCCCUUGUUAGGCAAACAAGUCAACUGAAAACCAGAAGUAAAUUAAAGCAGUACCAGGGCAACUCUUAACUUUAUUGCCCUUGGUCUUCCUGACACCACCUUCCUUUUUUUUUUUCUUAUCUAGGCACUCUGCAGUUUAUCUUGCUUUCUUUGCUAUCAAACCUAAUCCUCUUAUGCGUACAUGCACUAAUGUAAAACAAUUUAUUUACAUAAAGGUGGUGUCUUUAUAACAAAUGUCCCAUCUUGUCUUAACUCUAAACUCUAGCUGUACAGAAUUCCAGCUUUAUCAUUUUAAAUGAGAACUUCAUGGAAAUGACUCGUCUGAAAAUAAGGGUGUGUUGUGCAUGAAAUUUUAUGGGGUUUUUUUGGAG